GCAAUUGCUGGGGAGGGCGGCGGGGGCGAGGGGAAGGGAGGCGCGGUGGCCUCCCCCUCGCCGCGUUCUCCCGGGUCAGUGGGGAGCGGGGUUGCAAGUGACAGCCCGAGUGGACUUUGUGGCCUCGCACCGCGAACCCUGCGCGAGCCGAGGGAGGGGGCACCUCGGGGGGACCUCCUUCCCCUUCCCGGAGACCUUGUCCGCAAUGAAUUUUUCCUCCUCUUUUUAAAAGAAUCCCCAGCCGCCAACCUCGCCUCCCCAGCUCCACCACAGUGCGCAGGGUUUGCUUUGUUUUUACGAUUCUUCCCCCCAACGAAUCACUUGUCAGAUCAAUUUUAUCUUCGCCCUCCUCCCUACUUCCCACUCUCCCCUCCUCCUCCCCCUUCGAAAACCCCGUUCUCUGAGGUUAGACAUUUUACAAACCAUAUAUGUUGUUUUUCGAAUUGUGAUUUUUUUUUUUUUAUACCACUCUCCCCCUCCACUCCUCAUGGCUAAUCUUCUAGGCCUUUAUUUCUGCCCUUCCCCCGUUUAGGGGGGCGGGGGUAGGGGAAGAGAAAAUAAUACAAUUUCAGGGGAAGUCGCCUUCAGGUCUGCUGCUUUUUUUUUUUUUUUUUUUAAUUACAAAAAAAAAAAAAAAAAAAGGACAGAAAACAUCAGUCUUGAACUUCUCUUCAAGAACCCGGGCUGCAAAGGAAAUCUCCUUUGUUUUUGUUAUUUAUAUGCUGUCAAGUUUUGAAGUGGUGAUCUUUAGAGAGUAACUGAGUAUGGAUCAUUUGAACGAGGCAACUCAGGGGAAAGAACAUUCAGAAAUGUCUAACAAUGUGAGCGAUACGAAGGGUCCACCAGCCAAGAUUGCCCGCCUGGAGCAGAACGGGAGCCCACUGGGAAGAGGAAGGCUUGGGAGUACAGGUGGAAAAAUGCAGGGAGUGCCUUUAAAACACUCGGGUCAUCUGAUGAAAACCAACCUUAGGAAAGGAACCAUGCUACCGGUGUUUUGCGUGGUGGAACAUUAUGAAAACGCCAUUGAAUACGAUUGCAAGGAGGAGCAUGCGGAAUUUGUGUUGGUGAGAAAGGACAUGCUUUUCAACCAGCUGAUAGAAAUGGCACUGCUGUCUCUGGGUUACUCGCACAGCUCUGCUGCCCAGGCCAAAGGGCUAAUCCAGGUUGGAAAGUGGAAUCCAGUUCCACUGUCUUAUGUGACAGAUGCCCCUGAUGCUACGGUAGCAGAUAUGCUUCAAGACGUGUAUCAUGUGGUCACGUUGAAAAUUCAGUUACACAGUUGCCCCAAACUCGAAGACUUGCCUCCUGAACAAUGGUCGCACACCACAGUGAGGAAUGCUCUGAAGGACCUCCUGAAAGAUAUGAAUCAGAGUUCGCUGGCCAAGGAGUGCCCCCUUUCACAGAGUAUGAUUUCUUCCAUUGUGAACAGCACUUACUAUGCAAAUGUCUCGGCAGCAAAAUGUCAAGAAUUUGGAAGGUGGUACAAACAUUUCAAGAAGACAAAAGAUAUGAUGGUCGAAAUGGAUAGUCUUUCUGAACUCUCCCAGCAAGGUGCCAACCAUGUCAACUUCGGCCAGCAGCCGGUCCCAGGGAACACGGCCGAGCAGCCUCCAUCCCCUGCGCAGCUCUCCCACGGCGGCCAGCCUUCUGUCCGGACCCCUCUUCCGAAUCUGCAUCCUGGGCUUGUGUCAACGCCCAUCAGUCCUCAGUUGGUCAACCAGCAGCUGGUGAUGGCUCAGCUGCUGAACCAGCAGUAUGCAGUGAAUAGACUUUUAGCCCAGCAGUCCUUAAACCAACAAUACUUGAACCACCCUCCCCCUGUCAGUAGAUCUAUGAAUAAGCCUUUGGAGCAACAGGUUUCAACCAACACAGAGGUGUCUUCCGAAAUCUACCAGUGGGUACGCGAUGAACUGAAACGAGCAGGAAUCUCCCAGGCAGUAUUUGCACGUGUGGCUUUUAACAGAACUCAGGGCUUGCUUUCAGAAAUUCUCCGAAAGGAAGAGGACCCCAAGACUGCAUCCCAGUCUUUGCUGGUAAAUCUUCGGGCUAUGCAGAAUUUCUUGCAGUUACCAGAAGCUGAAAGAGAUCGAAUUUACCAGGAUGAAAGGGAAAGGAGCUUGAAUGCAGCCUCGGCCAUGGGCCCUGCCCCCCUGAUAAGCACACCACCCAGCCGCCCUCCCCAGGUGAAAACAGCUACUAUUGCCACUGAGAGGAAUGGGAAACCAGAGAACAAUACCAUGAACAUUAAUGCUUCCAUUUAUGAUGAGAUUCAGCAGGAAAUGAAGCGCGCUAAAGUGUCCCAAGCACUGUUUGCAAAGGUCGCAGCAACCAAGAGCCAGGGGUGGUUGUGUGAGCUGUUACGCUGGAAAGAAGAUCCUUCUCCAGAAAACAGGACCCUGUGGGAGAACCUCUCCAUGAUCCGAAGGUUCCUCAGUCUUCCCCAGCAAGAACGCGAUGCCAUAUAUGAACAGGAGAGCAACGCGGUACAUCACCAUGGCGACAGGCCGCCCCACAUCAUCCACGUUCCGGCAGAGCAGAUUCAGAGCCCCUCUCCCACCACCCUUGGGAAAGGAGAGUCUAGAGGCGUUUUCUUGCCAGGCCUGCUGACCCCUGCACCGUGGCUCAGUGCUGCUCCUCAGCCGCCGCAGCCGCAGCCCCAGCAGCCUGCGCCGCCACCCCCGCAGCCGCAGGCGCAGCAGCCCGCCGGCCCCCGGCUCCCCCCGCGGCAGCCCACCGUGGCCUCCCCGGCCGAGGCCGAGGACGACACCCGCCAGAAGACGCGGCCGCGCACAAAGAUCUCCGUGGAGGCCCUGGGGAUCCUCCAGAGUUUCAUCCAAGACGUCGGCCUGUACCCGGACGAGGAGGCCAUCCAGACUCUGUCCGCCCAGCUGGACCUGCCCAAGUUCACCAUCAUCAAGUUCUUUCAGAACCAGCGGUACUAUCUGAAGCACCACGGCAAACUGAAGGACAACUCCGGCCUGGAGGUGGACGUGGCCGAAUACAAAGAGGAGGAGCUGCUUAAGGAUUUAGAAGAGGGUGUGCAAGACAAAAACGCGAACACCCUUUUCUCGGUGAAGCUGGAAGACGAGCUAGCGGUGGAAGGGAACACGGACAUUAACGCCGACUUGAAAGACUGAGACAUCAAGUGUUAUUUUCAUUCAGCAGUGCCACUGGUAUUUCCUAACACAAUGAAAACCCACCUGUAUGCGCGCAGAAACCUUUGUUGUUCAUGGUGUGGCCAAUGAAUCUUCAGAAACUUGCACAAACAGGAAAGUUGAGAAGGGAUAAUGCAGACUGCACUAAAUGUUUUGCUCCGAUUUACAAACUGCUCGGCAGCCCCAGGUGAAGCAUUGAGGAUUGUUUGGUAUUAAAAGUUCAGAUUUGUGUUCUCGGGAACGCACCGAGGUGUGUACCCCGUCAGCAUGAUACCAGUGAUUUUUUUUAAAAAAAAAUUACUAUUAUUCUGGAGCCUCAAACAAGCAUUAUAACUUCUGUGAUUAUGAUUUCCUUCCUUUCAUUAUUUCUGUAACACUCCACACUGAUCUUUGGAAACUCGCCCCUUAUUUUAAAAGAAAAAAAAAAAAGAGUUUGUUACUCUAUUGUAUGUUACAAAAGAACUAUAGACUGUGGAAUGCAGUUUAAAGAUGACAUAUGCCAACAAAUGCCUUGUAUUAUAUGGCACUGCCGUAAUUCAAAUUUGUUUUUAUUUUGGAAAUAAAAGUUCACUGUAAUUUUUUUUCAUUCUCAUUGUUACAUGAUUUUUUUUUUAAAUGAAAAGAAAAUGUGAAACACAGUUUAGUCCUCAUUAUUUAUUUGUAGAUCCUGCAGCAUCAUGUUGUAAUUAAUUUUUUGGAAGUUUCCGUUAAAUGUAAUAUUGCUUCUCUUGUUACCAUACUGAUUCUUUUCUAUUUAUAAAUGUAUUUUGAUGGGCAGUAAAACAAAGUGUCUUAAAAGUUUUAAAUAGAGAAAAUGUGCUUUACACAGUUGCCUAUAAAAAGUGCUCUAUGUUAUCCAAGCAAUUCAUACUAUAAGCUUCACUCUUAUUGUUGUAUGCAAUUUUUACUAUCAUGCAAAUAAGCUUAGGUAAAUAAAACUAAUAGAUCACCUUAGAAAAUUAUGCAAUUAAUGUGAAAAUAAUUGAUGUUUGCAAUGUGUCUUCCUUUGGUUUACAAUCAAUUUUAAAGCUACAUCUGUAUAAAAUUUCUGUAUAAAGGUGUAUUUCUUUUUUAUGAGUUUAUGGCUAUGAAAACACCAGCUAUUUUGUUACAGCUGGCUGUUUUUAUAAGUGUAUCACAAUUUUCUUUAUGCAGAAAUAUUCUGAUUAGGAAGUGGUUAUUGACUGUAACUACACAAUUAAAAUUGUUUGUAUGGUAUGA